GCUUCCAGGUGCCGUCAUGGAGCUGCUGCAGGCGCUGCUGGCCCAGCUGAGGGCCGUGGACCAGGCGGCGGCGGAGCAGCAGUACAGCGUGAGUGUUGCUUUGUGUGUCUGUUUGUAGAGAGAACUGAGUCUGAGCAGCGACGCCGGAGCUCUGAAGGAGAACAUCAAGAAGAACCGAUACAAGGACAUCCUGCCCUAUGACCAGUCUCGGGUUGUUCUGUCUCUGCUGACGUCGGAGUCUGACAAUGAUUACAUCAACGCCAGCUUCAUCCAGGGGGCGUCCUCCUCCUACAUCGCCUGUCAGGGUCCUCUGAGUUUGACUCUGACCGACUUCUGGAGGAUGAUCUGGCAGAACGACGUCAAGGUGAUAGUCAUGGCCUGCAGGGAGAUCGAGAUGGGGAAGAGGAAGUGUGAACGUUACUGGGCUGAAGCUCAUCAGUCGACGUCAUUCGGACCGUUUACCGUCACCACCGUGAGAACCUGGAGAACCUGUUGCAGUGCCGGCUGUGGGAGGACCGGAGUCAUCUGUGCUCUCGACUACAUCCAUGACCUGCUGGUUUCCAAGGCAGUCGCAGCAGAUUUCAGCAUCAUGGACAUCGUGUUGGACCUCCGCAGACAGAGACCUUCAGCUGUGCAGACGAAGGAACAGUACCAGUUCAUCUUCACCGCCGCCAUCUCCAUGUUGGAACGUUUCCUGCAGGUGUCGCCUUCCCGGCUCUACUCCAACGUGUCUCAGCACAAGAGAACAGAGAAGAAAAACUCUACAGCUGCUUCUUCCACAAACAGGCUGUCGAAGCAGGUUGACAUGAACGAUACGUACGCUGUGGUCAACAAGCCCAAACAGCCCCACCCACCGCCAUCAGGCCCCGCCUACUCCGUGGUGGCCAAACCCCGAUCCAGCAUCGGAAGCAGGACAACGCCCUCCUCCCAUCACUAUGACAACGAACAGGCCGGAGCAUCAGCGGCUCCCAUCUACAGCACCGUCAAACCGCGAGCGAAGCCUCCCAGCUUCCCGAGGUCGACCACGCCCGUUUACGACAUCGCAACGCCGAGCGGUCACGGGCCCAGCGAGGUGCUCGACUACCAGCUGGUUUCAGCUGAACGUCUUUCACCAUCUGACAACGAUUAUGAGGAUUUCUCCUCUUCAGUCUCAAACGUGACCAGCUUCUGCUCACCAGGAGGCAUCGGCUUUAACUGUCGUGUCCAGAAGCCCAGAGGACCCAGAGACCCUCCGGCCGAGUGGAGCCGACUGGAGAGAUGAGCUGGUUUCACUGGUUUCCAGUGGAGCGUCAGGCUGGACUGAGUCGGACCAAACCGAUGCCUUCAGAGGAAGAGAUUGUUUUGAGUUGUUGAUUUAUCACCACAUGUUAACGGAUGGCAGGUCUCUGCGCUAAACGUGUUCGAUACUGUUUGUAUGAAACUGAACAUAACUGGAAAUUAUAUUUAACCUCCCAAACCUCUGUUUCCUCUGGAUGAUGAUUCUUCCUUGUGUGUCAUCUAGAAAUACAAACACUCGUGUUUAUAUGAUUCCUUCAUGUUGUAACACACAUGAAACCAGAUGUUCAAAAUAAAUGACCGAUCUGCUCCACCGUCA